UGCUUCACAUUGUCUUACAGUUCUGCUUCGGUGUUAAGUUCAUAAACGUGACUCUAGCGUUGCGAAGAUUCUUCCAGAAUCCUACAGCCCACCAUGCAUACGAUCUAAAUAUACGUCACCCAAAAGCAAUGUAUACAGGUGCCUUCUGUCAUUGUAUUUGUCGUAACGUUAGGACUGCGUAAUAUUCUUCCACAAAGAACAGACUCCGCGAAGGCUGUCAAGGUUUAAUAUUGCUGGAAAAAUUUGAACCAAAAUGAUUCCUGCAAGUGUUGCCAAACUCAUCUUCCUUGCUAUUGGGACCAGCAUGUGGAUCUGGAUGGAGGCAUACGUAAAGUUGCAAAUAUCGUGGUACGGAGACUCAAUCCUCAAGCCCUUGGAAAGGAAAGAGCCUGUGGACUUUAACAACAGCGCCUACGGAAAGCAUACAACGUUGAAUCUUUCUUCUAUUACAGUUCACUAUGUGUCAAAAGGCUGUGACAACAAAGAGGAUAAUCGUUCUAUACUUCUCUUACUGCACGGAUUCCUUGACUUCUGGUACAUCUGGAACAGGCAAAUACCUAUACUGGGUGAGGAAUUCUGUGUUGUGGCUCCUGACUUACGUGGCUAUGGUCUUUCUACAAAACCGCUGGACCCAGAAAAAUGUGUCAUGAAUUUCCUGAUCAAUGAUGUGAAAGACCUGUUGGACGUUAUAAACCCGAACCAUACCAGAAAGGUCGUUCUCAUUGGCCAUGGCUGGGGAGGCAUGAUCAGCUUUUGUUUUGCCACAAUGUACGAGACGCUGAUAGACAAGAUGAUCAUCAUGAAUGGCAUGCACCCAAAGGCUUUCUCUAAGCAGCUUCUUCGAAGCCUGAAGCAAAUGAGGAUGUCGUGGUACCUGAUGCCGUUUCGACACCCCGUGGUUCCUGAGCAAUACCUAGAGAUGCGGGACUUCGCCUUCUUUGACCAAGUGCACAGAGGUUUCACGAAGGAUGAAGAGUACGCGCACAAAUAUAUGUUCUCACGGGAAGGCGCCCUGACGAGGGCCAUCAACUAUUAUCGUGCUGUGAACGAGAGCGAAGGACUGCACAAGCUGCAAUACCGCAAGAUCAACGUAACCACGCUUAUCCUUUGGGGACAAAAGGACGCAUUCCUCACCUAUCCCAUUGCCAGAUUCAACCGAGAAUGGCUUACGACAUCGUAUGUGCUUUACUAUGAGAAAGCUGGGCACUGGUUGCAGCGGGAAUGCUACGAACAGGUUGCUGCACGCAUCAAGGAGUUUGUACUCGAUUAAAAAUUCCAGCCUCUGACGAAUGAAACAUCUGCAGAGCAAAACGUGGACACGUGUUCAGAGUCACUGACGCCGGAUGAAAGCAGAACGGUGACCAUAUGCCCGUUGCUUCCUGCAAACGCAAGUGUACCCGAUUUUAACCUGGAAUAAAGAGCGCGCAUGGCCCGAUCAGCUCAUCCGUUUGUUUCCUCAA